CGGGAGGAAGAAGGCAACCGCUAGUUCGCUGUUCAGAACUUAUGUCUAAUUAGGAAGGAGGGGAGGAGGAUUUGUUCGCUAUGUCCAUUGGCUUUUCACGAGUGGGUGAUAAGCUGCCUUUAGGUGUUGGGGGUUGUCCUUCGCUGUGGCAAUUGUGCUUUCAAAGGGGAGCGGGAGGAAGAACGCAAGCAGCAAUUCGCUGUUCAGAUCUGCUUCUCCCGCUCAAGAACUCGCUCCGUUCCCAAUUCCCACCACCUUGCUGUCGCGUGAGUAGGUUGCGGAUCGACUGUGCGCAUCAUCAGCAGCAGGCGCUAAUGGCGGUGGAGGCGAUCGAGACGAACGGCUGGACAGGAGAGCGAUGUCAACUGACUGUCAAGUAUCCUCCUCCUCCUCCUCUUCCUCCCCGAUCUCCUGCUUGUGACCCGCAUUUUGUGGACAAAUUCGCGUCAUUAGCUUGCAUCUUACAGGCCGUGCACGAUGCGCGCAUAUUCGAUGAUGCGAAAACAAUCAUCGACAUGCCUUUGAAUGCCCCCUUGGAGGAGAUUUUGGAGGCGUUCUCAAGGCUGCCCGUUGCCGAUGACGGAAGGAGCGUCUGCGUGGGCAGUCUGAAGUCUUUCCUGGAAGAGCACUUUUCUCCCGCCGGGAGCGAUUUACAGCCCUGCCGCCCUGCGGACUACGUCGAAGACCCUGUCGAUUUCUUGCCUGAUGUUGAAGAUGAGAGGGUGAGGAAAUGGGCGCUCGAUAUUCAUCGAUUCUGGCUGCGGCUGUGCCGACGUGUAUCCGAUCGGGUGCGCAUCGCCCCUCUCCAACACACCCUUCUUCCUCUACCCCAUCCUGUUCUAAUCCCCGGGGAGCGCUUUCGGGAGGUGUAUUACUGGGACUCGUACUGGACGAUCAAAGGUCUGCUGGUUAGCAAGAUGGAGAAGACGGCUUCGGGGGUGGUGGAGAACCUGAUAGAGAUUGGGAGGAGGGUCGGUUUUGUGCCUAAUGGCGCCCGCUCGUACUACUUGAACAGAAGUCAACCGCCGAUGCUGAGCCGGAUGGUGAGGGAGGUCUUCGAAGCGACUGGCGAUCAGUCCCUGGUACUUAAGGCCCUGCCUGUCCUCCAGCAAGAGCACGAGUAUUGGACUACGUGGCCCCACGGCGUCUCGAUCGAGGACGAGUGCGGGCAGAUCCACUCUCUGAGUCGGUAUCAUGCUCUGUGGAACCAGCCACGGCCUGAGGAGCAUGGCACCGACAGGGAAACUGCCGGGGGAAUGACCGAGCUCGCCGCUGCACAGUUUUAUUGCGACGUCGCCUCUGCUGCGGAAUCGGGAUGGGACUUCAGCUCGCGAUGGUGCGAAGACCCGCUCGAUCUGCGCACGCUGCGCACGACGCGCAUCGUCCCCGCGGACUUGAAUGGGCUGUUAUUCCAAAUGGAGAUGGACGUGGCGUUUCUCGCUGGCGCGGUGAAUGCGCCCACCGUGGCGGCGGAGUUUUCGGAUGCCGCUGCGCGCCGUUGCGCCGCCAUCGACUCCCUGCUGUGGAACGAAGAGAAGAGUCAGUGGUUCGAUCUCCUUCUCCUAGAUAAGGACGAGGAUGAUAAGGUGAAUGGCAUGGAGCGAUGGAGAAGGAACCAGCACCUGCGUGUAGGAGGAAGGGAGAGGGCGGCGGCAGGCGAUGAGAUUUCCCUCCUUGGUUCUCUCGAGGACAAUGACGACGACGACGAUGCUGAUGCUGAUGCCGCUGCUGCUGAUGAUGUGGUGCAUGACACGAUCAAUCGUUCCCGUCAGCAGGGAAGGGUGUUUCGCGAUGCGUGCCAGACCGAUCAGGUCUACGCUUCCAAUUUCGUUCCCCUCUGGUGUCGACUAAUCAGCCAUGACAAAGAACGAGUUCGCAGAGUUAUUCGAGCGCUAGAGAUGUCUGACCUUAUCCAUCCAGGUGGCAUUGCCACGUCACUAGUCCACUCCGGCGAGCAAUGGGAUUUUCCCAACGCGUGGGCUCCUCUUCAAGAUAUGAUUAUUUGUGGAUUGGCAGAGUCCAGGACGGUAGAGGGAAAGCGCCUUGCUCGGGAGUUGUCCGGUCGUUGGCUUCGAUCGAAUCUCGUGGCGUUUGAGAAGACGGGCCACAUGCACGAAAAAUAUGAUGUGCGUGCCGUUGGGGCCGUAGGGGGUGGGGGAGAGUACACACCCCAGGUCGGCUUCGGCUGGAGCAAUGGAGUCGCCCUUUCCCUUCUGAAAAGGUUCGGGACCACCACCAGUUGGCUGUUGUAUAGUGACGACGACGACCAGGUAGUUGAAGUACUUGAAGAAGAAGAAGAGAAGGUUCUAUAGGGAGGAAGAAAUCAUCUCUACCUUCUUCACCCGAAUAGAACACCCGCCCAUUAAAGCUGCAUUUGGGUUAACUUUUCUGUCCAGAUGCCACAGCUUUAAUGACCUGGCGUUCUAUUCGAGUGAAGACGGUAGUUCCUUGGGCGUUCUAUUCGAGUGAAGACGGUAGUUCCUUGGGUGUUCUAUUCGAGUGAAGACGGUAGUUCCUUGGGUGUUCUAUUCGAGUGAAGACGGUAGUUCCUUGGGCGUUCUAUUCGAGUGAAGACGGUAGUUCCUUGGGCGUUCUAUUCGAGUGAAGACGGUAGUUCCUUGGGCGUUCUAUUCGAGUGAAGACGGUAGUUCCUUGGGCGUUCUAUUCGAGCAACGGAGUUUUAAACCUCUCCCUCCGGAAAGAGGACCGAACCACGAGUUGUGGCUGUACAUUAAGGACGAAGACCGAGUAGCUGAUCUUGAAGAAGACGACGAUACGUUCGAUCGCGAGGAAGAAAGACAUUUCGAGUUGUUUUAUAGGUAUAUAUUCAGUUCGUGUCAUUAUUUUGAUAUUCAAUUCGUGUCAUUAUUUUGAUAUUCAAUUCGUGUCAUUAUUUUGAUAUUCAAUUCGUGUCAUUAUUUUGAUAUUCAAUUCGUGUCAUUAUUUUGCUCUCUGUGGUCAUGACUAUCUUCAAGUUCCGGUGUUUGUUUUCGUAGUUUUGUCGAAAUUGUGAUAUUGCUUAGGUAUUUAAGUAGCGUGGUAUCAUUCCGUUGGCAUCGUAGUACCGCAAGUUCUCGUGAUUGCAGUGUGUGGCUUUUCUGUGAGGGUGUAUGGUUCCGCGAAGGUCACUAGCGUUGUGUGGGCUUUUCUGUUAAGACGUAUGAUGGUGUGUCCGCUUCGUUCUGCAGAGGUCACUUCUCGAGUGAAAUUGGAGAUCCUUGAUUCGACGUCCACAUGAAGUAAUCUGAAACUCUUUCGCUUCUUUUCUUUCUUUUUUUUUUUUUUUUUGGUGGUUAUAAUUGCAUUCGGUGCCUUUCUGUGAGGGUGCUUGGUGUGCCCUCUUCGUUGUCCAAAGGUCGCUUUCUCGAACGAUAUUUCUGCAGAUCUUUGAUAUGACGUCUUCAUAAAUCAAUCUGAACUCCCUUG